AUGGGUCCCGCAGAUGAUUUUAUGCUGAGCCUCGGAGAUAUAUUUGACCUUCAACAUCUCAUCUUGAAUUUUAAAAACGACCUCGCGCACAUCCAUUUGCACAACAAAUUGCAGGCUCUCGUCAAACCCAAAAAUGAUCCCGCGCACAACCGCGUGGACGAUGAAUUACAGGCUCUCCUCUGCCGACAAGACUACACAUCAGUAUUUGAAGCUGGUAUCGAGUCGCUCAACAGCUUGGUAGACGCCCUUAGAGUUCAUCUACCGGCACACCAGACUGCUUUCAAAGAUUCCUCGCAAGCUUUGAUCACUGCAAUCAUGAAUCAGCUCAUCGAUCUGCUUUUGGAGAUCAAUGCCAAUCGCGACGGAAACAUCGCGAAGUGGGCCACAUCUGACUCCAACAUCCGCAUAGCCAUGUCGAAACUCUCCCCUCUCCUUGUCAAUCAAGAAAUGUCAGAUGCGAGCUUUCCAUCUCCCAGUGGUGAUGCCUCCAGCGGAGUCUCUCCAGAGAGUAAGUUCAGCUCUCCAAAGCAUCCAACAGGGCUUCCAUCCACACAUUCCCUUGCAACAUAA